AUGUAAGUUUUAAGAUUUGAUUAGUUAGUUAACAGAAGUCCAUAAAUCGAGGAGCUUUGCAAAUGUAUGAUUUGUUUGGAAAUAUUCAUUGAUCCAAUGUGUUGUGAAAGUUGUGAAAAUCAUUUUUGUUAAACCUGUUUAACAACCUGGAGUUAGAACCAAUCAGCGCGAAGUUGUCCCGUUUGCAAUAAGCUAAAAGAAAAAUAGGGGCAGCGCAUUCUAAAGAAUAUGCUUAAUGAUCUUGAUGUGUAUUGUUGUUAUAAAUAAAAUGGAUGUUUAGGAAUUUUGAAAUAUUCCGAGUACUUCUUUCACAUUAAAUCAUGCCAGUUUAAAUAAGUGAAAUGUGAGUAUGAAGGAUGCAAUAUCGAUAUUCUUUUAAAAGAUAAGGAUCAGCACGAUAAUACUUGUCCCUUUAAACUUUUAUAAUGUAAAUGGUGUUAAUAAGAGAUAUGGAGAAAGCAACUAGAACAACAUGAAUUAAAUGAGUGUUUACAGAGAAAAGUUCAAUGCGGGAAAUGCUCAUCCGAAGUUCCUAUACUAAUGAUGCAAAAUCAUGUAGAUACUUGUCCAGAAAAUAUUUACAAAUGCUAGUUAUGCUUGUCUGAUAUAAAAUUAAAAGAUCUGGAAUUGCACAACAAAAACGAAUGUCCGUAGGUUAUCAUCAAAUGUUCAGGAUGUUAAGAACAACUUAAAAGAAUUUCGAUGAUAUUACACAUGCAAUCAUGUUAAUUCGUUGAAAUCGAAUGCGAGAAUUGUCAACAAUAGAUAUAGAGGAAGGAUUUAAAAGAUCAUACCAUUGCAAAAUGUUUUAAAACCUUAAAAUAGAUCAUAACAGAUUAACAAAGAUAGAUAAAGGGCUUGUUUACUUUCUGUGAAGAACUUUCUUAAUAAGUUAACUUAUUAUCGUAAUUGUAAUAAUAAAUUAAAUUUUCCAAACAUUUUAAGCAUAAGGACAUUGAGGUUAUUAAGGAUGGCAAAAUUGCUCAAUUAAAUUUAAAUGAAAAUAAAAAAUUCGAUAGAUUGAUUGCUAUUAAAAAUUCAAAAAAUAAACCCAUUGAAAUUGAAUUUCUUCAUAUCUCAGAUUUGAAUGUUUGUGUUGGAAUUACAUAAAGAUAAAAUAUAUUCAAUCCCAAAGAUUAUUCAAAACAUAAUCAUUAAUCUUAUUUAUUUUGCGCAAAUGGCAUAGUAUAUAUUGAUGAAAACAAGGAAGAGAACGGGAAAAAAAAAAAUUUUGGUUUCGUUAUUGGCCAAAAAUUAGAAUUGGUUUACAAUGAUCAAUUCGUAAGCAUUAAAAAUUGCACUACUUAGUAAUAUCUUAAAUAUAAUAUUUCUUAUGAAUACUUUGAUAAAGAUGACAUUGAACUUUAUCCUGUUCUUUGUUUAAGAAGUAAUUUUGAUAAAGCUCGUAUAGUAAAUUGA